AUGCCCUCUCCUCUGCCUGUGCGCAGUCUCCAGCAGGGCGAGUUGUCCCCCGAGGGGGAUUCGCGGCCUUGCAGCAGCCCCUGCGAACGCCCAGGUCAGCGGGGUCAGCGUGUCUUAGGCGGCACCCCUCCCAGGGCACCUCGGCUGCCACGCCGCCUGGCCUGGUGCUCCAUUGACUGGGAACAGGUGCGCUUUCUUCAAAGGCUGGGGGCUGGAGGCUUUGGCUCGGUCUACAAGGCCACUUACCGCGGGCUUCCAGUGGCCAUAAAACAAGUGAACAAGAGCACCAAGAACCGACUGGCGUCACAGCGAAGCUUCUGGGCUGAGCUCAACAUAGCCAGGCUCCGCCACGACAACAUCGUACGGGUAGUGGCCGCCAGUACACUCACGCCCGCGGGCUCUAAUAGCCUGGGUACCAUCGUCAUGGAGUUCGGAGGCAACACCACUUUACACCAAGUCAUAUACGGGUCUACGGGCUACCCAGAGGAACAGGGGGAGUCUCUCUGCUCUGCUGGAGGGCAAUUAAGUUUGGAAAAGUGUCUGAAAUAUUCCCUUGAUGUUGUGAAGGGCCUGAUGUUCCUUCACUCACAAAACAUUGUUCACUUGGACCUGAAACCAGCGAACAUAUUGAUCAGUGAGCAGGAUGUCUGCAAAAUUGGGGACUUUGGUUGCUCGGAGAAGCUGGAAGAUCUGCUGGGCUUCCAGGCUUCUCAUCACUUAGGAGGCACCUACACUCAUCUAGCCCCAGAACUCCUGAAAGGAGAGACUAUAACUCCCAAAGCUGACAUCUAUUCUUUUGCCAUAACUCUCUGGCAGAUGACAACCAAGGAGGUGCCUUACUCCGGGGAGCGACAGUAUGUGCUCUAUGCUGUUGUGGCCCAUGGUCUUCGUCCAUCUCUCUCAGCGGCUGUCUUCAGGGACUCUGCCCUGGGCCAAAGACUUGAGAACAUCAUCAAAUGCUGCUGGAGAGCCAACGCUAGGCAGCGGGCAAGUGCGGAACUUCUCUUUGCUGAUCUUAACUCUUUAAAAGUUGAGUUCAGCUGA